UCCCAGCACCAGCAGCAGAGAUGACUCGGGGAGUGAGAGUAUGUGUGAUAGCGGUGGUGGCCGUCCUCACGCUGGCUGCCUUGCCUGUCUCACCACUCAAGGUCACAGAUAGCAACCAGAGUCACAUGGAGCUGAGAGGAAACAGAAGCAUUGUGAAGGAUCCCGAAAUGAAUGACAAGAGUGAUAUAAUGAGCCACUCCUUGUACUUGGGGGACCUCGCCAUGCAGAACAGAGGGAAGCCCUCUAAAAACAAGGGGAAGCCCUCUAAGAACAAGGGGAAGCCCUCUAAGAACAAGGGGAAGCCCUCUAAGAACAAGGGGAAGCCCUCUAAGAACAAGGGGAAGCCCUCUAAGAACAAGGGGAAGCACGCGAUGCGUGGUCGGAGUUGCAAGAAGUGUAAAAAGAAUCCGCGGAAGAACGUGGAGCUCUCACCCUGGGAGUCUGUGUGUAUAUCCGUGCGUCGUGGUAAGGGCGCCUUCCCAGAGAAGUGGACACUGAAAGUGAAGCCUCCAGCGUGGAGUCCUUGGCAUCUAAACAUCACUUGUCCCCGCAUAUACGGGAAGUACAGGAAGGGACAAGGUCCGCCCGUCUUCAGUAUCACCGAGGGAGAAAAAUCAUCUUGGCAAGUUCAUGAUUCUAAAGCAGCUAUUCCUAUAUGUGAUGGGAUCCAGAGGAACUUGACCCAGAUGUUAUCAGUUUUCUCUAGCCCAACGAUGGUGGCUAGGGUGUGUUGGGCGGCAGGGGACGGGAGAAAGGGAGAUUUGAGGCUCGCUGAUGAUGAAGCUCCUGCGUUCAGUGCAGGCGUAAGUAACGCCCUCAUGGGCGCUCGCGAGGAUGGUUAUACUCUCACUGCCAGUGGAGAAGGCCCAAUCAUGGACCUUGAUCUUACUGUGGGCCUGGUGCUCAGGGAUCCACACAGCUGGUAG